CGCUUGCGUUACAUUUUCAGCAAGAAUAACUCAAGGAAGGGAAAAGUGGACUACAGUUUCGUUUUUUUCUGUUCUCUUGUGUCUCUGUUUUUAUCUACUAUCUCCCUCUCAGUUGUAUCUGAUCCAUCUCUGAUCUCCUAAGCCUGAGCCAACAUGUGUGGCGGAGCUAUCAUCUCCGAUUUCAUCCCGACAAGUCGCUCCAAGCGACUCAUCACUGAUUACUUCUACUCCGGCCUCGAGAAAAACUAUGCUAAUUACUACUCCAAGCCCUUGCCAUCGGAAUCGGAUAUCCCCGACGUCGACGACGAUUUCGAGGCUGAUUUUCAGGAGUUCAAGGACGACUCCAAUGAGGAAGAAGAUGUCAAGCCAUUUUCCUUCGCUCCGAAAUCUCGGCCUCCGCACAAAGGAGGGCCAACUGCUGUAAAACCUGUGGAAUUCAAAGGGCUUGCUAAGAGGAAGAGGAAAAACCAGUACAGAGGAAUCCGUCAGCGUCCUUGGAGGAAAUGGGCUGCUGAGAUCAGAGACCCUAGAAAAGGGGUCCGGGUCUGGCUGGGAACCUUCAACACUGCUGAAGAAGCUGCAAGAGCAUAUGAUGCUGAAGCUCGGAGGAUUAGAGGCAAGAAAGCCAAGGUGAACUUCCCAGAAGAGAUGUCCUCCGUGACUCAGAAACGCACUGUGAAGUCAAACCCCCAUAACCUGGUACCAAAAGUGAACAUGACAUCUAAAAAGCAGAAUCUUGACCAAAAUUUCAGUUUCAUGAGCAACCCACCUUCCGAGUUCUAUGACACUGUGGCCUACAUGGAAGAGAAGGUCCCGGUGAAUGGAUCUGAAUUUAUGAGUUCAUUCACUACCUUUGUUGAACCGAAUGGAUUCAAAUCCUUUCCACCUGAUGAUGGGGGUAUACUUUGUUUUAAUUCAGAUCAGGGGAGCAGUUCCGUUGAUUGUUCUGAUUUCGGGUGGGGAGACCGAGAACCAAAGACUCCAGAUAUCUCAUCAGUUCUCUCAAAUGCAAGUGACAGUGAGGAGUCUGAAUUUGUAGAGGGUGGUCAUGUAAAUAAAAAAAUGAAGACCAUACCAGAGGAGGAAGCGGUGCAGGUUGAGGAAAAUACUGCAAAGAAACUUUCUGAAGAGCUGCCUGAAUUUGAAUCCCAAAUGUUCUUUCAAAUACCAUAUCUUGAGGGCAGCUGGGAGACAUCAUUGGGAACCCUCCUGAAUGGGGAUUCAGCUCAGGAUGGCAAUAGUUCAAUGGACCUAUGGAGCUUUGAUGACUUUCCUUCAAUGGUGGGAGGCGUCUUCUAGAGCGUCUUAGUCUCCCUUACUGGUUUAUGUAAAUAAGACAACGUGAGUAGCUGCUGAUGAUAGAGAUGGAGAAUGAAAAAAGGUGUAUACGCUUCAGCUAUGAAAAUUUCUCAGGCAGCUUAUGGGGAAGUAUAUAUGGGUAGCAUCCUUGGAUUUUUUAUUUGCAUUUGGAUUGUGAACUGCAUGACUUUGUUGUUGAAUGUUGAUUAGUGUUGAUAUGUGAUUAAAUACUGAUUAAUGCUGUA